GGCGCUCUUCGACGAAUCGUUGAUUUUCUUGCUGACACAUUUUGGAAAUACACAGAGGGAAGUUCCUUGUAAAUUCCCAGAGAACGGCACGUUUUAGGAGCAAUUACGGUGUAAAUUGUAAAAAGAUUUGUUCGCAAUGUCGCCUGGAGCAGCAACGACAGUUCCACCCGUAAUCUGGGCACAGCGCAAUGAUCUGGUCUAUCUCACCAUCAACGUGGAGUGCAAGGAUACAGAAUACAAAUUCACGGAGAAUACAAUGAGUUUCAAAGGCACCGGCGCGGCAGACAACAAACUAUACGAAAUUACCUUUACAUUUCUGAAGAACAUCCUUCCCGACAAGGUGACGCGCAAGGACGCCACGAGGUGUGUCGAGUUUACAAUUCCCAAAGCCGAGAGCGGACCUUACUGGGCGACGCUGACAAACGAGAAGAAGAAGCCGCACUGGCUGAAAGUAGACUUUAACAAAUGGAAAGACGAAGGAUCGGAUUCGGAAAUGGACGAAGAGCCCGAUUUCGGCGGCGGCAACUUCGACGGGGACCUUUCGAAUUUAAUGUUUAAAUCCGACGGCAAGGAUAAGCCAUCCUUUGGCGACUUAGAUGAUGAAGAAGACUCAGAUGACGGUUAUCCGGGACUGGAAUGAACAGAUUUUGCUCCUUACAAUCUCGUAUCGUUUCGAAGGCUGCGCUCUUUGGUGUUGAGAGUUGGCAGACGAGUUGUAUCAUUCAUAAUUCAUUAAAAAUAACAGGCAAGAUUCGGUAAAUAGCGUACAUCAUCGGCGGAAAUCAAUACGGUGGGCAGUGAGAAAAUAUUUCCAGACGGUGCACAAAAGAAGUGAUGUACAGAUUUGGAAAAUAUCACAAGGAUGGUUUUUUAGACAUAAAAAUCUAUAAAUACUGUUUAAGUAACGUCUCAAUAAAACAAUAGCCAAAUAAAUUGACCAUUUCGUAAAUUA